AUGGGUGUCGUGGAGAAGAUCCAGGAGAUCGAGCGCGAGAUGGCGCGCACCCAGAAGAACAAGGCCACCGAAUAUCACAUUGGGUUGUUAAAAGCUAAAUUGGCCAAACUUCGACAGCAACUACUCGAACCAACAGGGAAAGGCGGAGCAAAAGGAGAGGGCUUCGAUGUAAUGAAGAGUGGUGAUGCUCGAGUGGCCAUGGUGGGUUUCCCGUCAGUCGGAAAAUCUACUCUUCUUUCUUCGCUUACGAAGACCCACUCCGAGGCGGCCGGCUAUGAAUUCACGACGCUGACUUGUAUCCCGGGAGUCAUUGAACAUGAAGGCGCGAAAAUCCAACUCCUCGAUUUGCCCGGAAUUAUUGAAGGUGCCGCACAAGGAAAAGGUCGUGGUCGGCAAGUCAUUGCUGUGGCAAAAACUGCCGACUUGGUGCUGAUGAUGCUCGACGCCGGGAAGAGUGACCAGCAACGAGCACUACUUGAGCGCGAACUCGAUUCUGUCGGCAUCCGGUUAAACAAGAAGAAGCCGCAAAUUUACGUGCAAAUCAAGAAGGGUGGCGGCGUCCGAUUCACGCACACCGUCCCGCUGACCCACGUCAACGAGAAGCUGAUCAUGCACGUGCUCCACGAAUACAAGCUGUUCAACGCCGACGUCGUUUUCCGAGAAGAUGCGACUAUUGACGAGUUCAUCGACGUGCUCCAGGGCAAUCGCGUCUACAUCCCGUGUCUCUACGUGUACAACAAGGUCGACUGUAUUUGCAUCGAGGAGGUGGAUCGGUUGGCUAGGCUCCCCCACCACGUCGUAAUUUCGUGCGAGAUGAACCUGAACCUCGACUAUUUGGUGGACGUCAUCUGGGACUACCUGGCGCUCGUGCGCGUCUACACGAAGAAACCCGGCAAUCAGCCUGAUCUUGGCCCCGAGGACGGCAUCAUUUUGCGAAGGGGCGCGACGAUCGAGCACUGUUGCCACGCACUCCAUCGAACACUCGCCGCGCAAUUUAGAUACGCAAUCGUCUGGGGCACGUCACCGAAAUUUUCGCCACAACGGGUCGGCAUCAAGCACCUCCUGGACCACGAGGACGUCGUGCAGAUUGUCAAAAAA